AUGGCCCAGCCCAAGAUCUACCCGUCCAAUGACUCCUCGCCCGCCUCCGACUUUGGCCUCUCCCCCACCGAGUUCACGACGCUGCGCACCGCCUCCACCCAGGCCAAGGCGCUUGCCUACUGCCCCUACUCGCGCUUCCGCGUCGGCGCCGCCCUCCUGACCUCCACCGACGAAGUCAUCGAGGGCGCCAACGUGGAGAAUGCCUCGUACCCCGUCGGCACGUGCGCAGAGCGCGUCGCCCUCGGCAAGGCCGUCAUCGAGGGACACACAGAGGGCUUCCGGGCCGUGGGCGUGAGUACCGACAUCAGCCCGCCGGCGAGUCCGUGCGGCAUGUGCCGGCAGUUCAUGAGGGAGUUUGUGCCUCUCAAGUGUCCGAUAUUCAUGUUCGACAAGGAUGGGAACUAUGUCGUUCUCAAGCUGGAGCAGCUUCUACCCCUGUCCUUUGGUCCCGACCAGCUACCGCAGCCUGGUGAAUUGGGAGCUCAGGGGGCUGGCCUGUGA